GUGGAAAAGUCAAUUGAAAAUUGCUUUUCUAUAUCAUCCAUCAAGUCAAUGAUGAAGUGUUUUCUGUAUAUAGUCGUCUGUGUGAUCUCUCGUCUCGUCUGGGCGGAGUACAUUCCUCCCGGACCGAAGUAUUCCUGCCCAAAGAAUGGUCAGGUUCUCUAUCCGUGCAACUGCACCCGGGGAACGGACAGUGGUCUGUAUGUGAUCUGUGAGAACACUAAUUUGGCCAGUUUGUCCAUCAGCCUGAAGAAUUUGGCGUCUCUGGAGAGUCCUGUGGAGGAACUUGUGAUCACGAAGAGCAAUUUCCGAAAUCUCUACGGAACGCUGUUCUACAAGUCCAAGGUUCGAAUUCUCAGACUUGAAGACACUCCUAUUGAGUACAUCGACGAAGGAUCCUUCUUUGGCAUCAAUGAGACACUGCAUGAACUCUACAUCAGGAACACCUUCCUUCAGGACUUUCCCAAGGAAGCUCUCAAUCCUCUGGGAUUGCUCACAAUCCUGAGCAUUGAUGGUCACAGGAUUGAAACACUGAGCACAGAUAUAUUUGCCAAUAGUUCUGCAAUUGGCGUCAUUGAGCGACUCACGCUGAGCAAUGGACAACUUAAAGAACUUCAACCGCAAUCAUUUCAGACACUGAGAAAGCUGAAAUUCCUGGAUUUACACGGAAAUAACUUGACAACACUGAAAAAGGGUCAAUUUAAGAAUCUGAGGGAUGUUGAAGUGCUGGAUUUGAGUCACAAUUUCAUCACCAAACUCGAUGCCUCUCACAUUUCGGACUUGACCAAGUUGGGAUGGUGCAAUGUGUCGCACAAUCUCCUGAAGGAACUCACGAGGGGAACAUUUGCUCGGAAUUCUGUACUGAAAGUCCUCAAUAUGGCUCACAAUAAAAUCACUCGACUCGAUGCGAACAGCUUCAGAGGAAUGAGAUUUCUAAGGAGGCUCUUUUUGAAUGACAACGCAAUAAGUGACAUGGGCAGGGCGGUUUUCGCCUCAGUUGCCAGAAUAGGAACAAUUGACUUGGCGAGAAAUCAAAUCAGGAAGAUUGACUUCCAAAUGUUCUCAGAGCUCAAUUACGUGGAGGUGAUCGAUGUGUCGGGGAACAAUGUGACGGAGAUACUGAAGGGAUCCUUCAAGGAUCUCUAUUUGACAAAUAUCAAUGUUUCACACAAUCACAUCGCUAAGAUCGAAGCCAAUUCCUUCAUCAAUUGCGCCAACAUUACUGUGCUUGACAUGUCGCACAACAACAUUACGCACUUUCCUGGCGAUGCUUUCGACACCACAACUUAUGCCACACUGUUUCAGCUCUCCUACAAUCAACUCACGGACCUCUCGAAGGUGCCACUGAAGAAUAUGACAGGAUUGAAGGUGCUCAAUGUGUCACACAAUAGCAUUGAGACAAUUCCAAAGAACACCUUUCCGAAACUCUAUGAACUCCACACGAUUGAUGCGUCGUUCAAUAACAUCAGUGAUAUUUACAAUGGUGUAUUUCAGACACUGUUUUCACUGAGAUUCCUCAAUCUCAGCAAUAAUGCGCUGGAAACGCUAAAAUCCUCCACUUUUGGACCACUUUCCACACUCUUGGAGCUCGAUUUGAGUGUUAAUGUUCUGAACAACAUCGCCAGGAGUUGCUUCACGAAACUCUCCAGUCUACAGAUGUUGAAUUUGGAGAACAAUCAACUCGAGCGACUCUUUCAAAUUCCCAUUUCAUGCAGUCGACUCAGCCUGAGGAAUAAUCAGCUGAAAGAGAUUCCAGAUCGAACGUGGCCAACAAUGAAUGCUCUUCUCUGGCUGGAUUUGUCACACAAUCAACUGGAAGAUAAUCUAAAUGGUGGUAGUUUUAGUGGACUUUUAACACUGCAAACACUAAUUUUGGCCUUCAAUGGUAUCACAAAGGUUCCUUGGGAGAGUUUUGUGCCUCUUUCAACCCUACAAUAUCUGCAUUUGGAGAACAAUAAUAUCACGAUGCUGAGAAAAGGAGCUUUUGGGAAGCUUCCUGUUGUCUUUGAGGUGAAUCUCUUCAAUAAUCAAGUGUCUGACAUUAGCAAGAAGGCCUUCGAUGGUCUUUUGGCGCUUCUUACAUUGAAUUUAUCAUCAAAUUCACUGGAAAUCAUUCCCAAUGACGCCUUUGCGAGUCUAGUGGCUUUGAGGACUCUUGAUUUAUCUCACAAUAUGAUCGAAAAGCUGGACAAUAAGACAAACAGCAUUCUUGAGGAUUGUCUCAGUCUUUCGGAGAUUGAUCUCAGCUUCAAUCGGAUUAGCUUUGUGACGAAGAAGACUUUCCCAUCUGAUCCUUAUGUGCCGUAUCGAUUGGCAAAGAUAAACUUGAGUCACAACAAAUUGCCAAUGGUAACAAAGGACAUAACGUUCGGGACAAAUAAGGUCACCCACAUGAAUCUGUCGCACAAUGCAAUAAGUACUCUUCAGCCAGGUGCCGUAGGUAAUUUGACCGCCCUGGAAGUGUUGGAUCUCAGUCACAAUAAAAUUUGGGACCUCAAUGAAGUGGGUGUGUUGAAUUUGCCGCAAAAUAUCACAGAAUUGUAUUUGUCAGGCAACAAUUUGGCUGAAAUUCCCAAUGGAAAAAUUGCUAAUAUGUCCCAUUUGAAGAUUCUCAAUGUGGAAUUUAACAAAUUGACUUCAUUGGAUCAGAAAUUGCUGAAUAAAAUAAUGAUGGAAGGUCUUCAGGUCAAUCUUGAAGGCAACAACUUCGAGUGUGAUUGCAAAGUGAGACCAUUCAAGCACUUCUUUGAGUCCUUCACCAUGAUUCCGGAGAACUAUUACCACUUUGUGUGUUCCUCACCAGUUCACAUCGCAAAUCUCCCACUCGGAAAUGUCACAGAUGCUCAGCUUAAUUGUCCAGAAGAUCCAAUGUCGGAAGACUACAGCACUCUGCCUGACCUUCAAUUUCGCGAGAUAUCUUUCUUCAGAGGAUACUUACUUGUGAGAUGGUUUGUUACCGCCCAACGCGAUAUUGCUGAUUUCUACGUGAUGAUUCGCACAGGAAGCAGCAUUUUAUAUGAGCGACACACAUCGUACGACACGAGAAUGCUAUCAAUAGUGCCAGAAGAGAUUUUCGGUGCAAAUGGCCCACAAAAGUCCGUCCAAAUUUGCGUGAUGGCCAAAUCCAGCACAGGAAGCAUUGACAGAUGGUUUCAGAGUCAAUGCAAGACUCUUCCGGAAAACUUCUCUGAGCAAAAUUCCAGAUACAAGACUGUCUUCUUUGCCUCAGAACCACUGUCGAAACGCAGAGUUUUCUCUGCGACAAUCAAUAGUGGUUGCAUUGGCAAAAGCAUUUGGAAAUACUCAAUAAUCCUGCCACUGAUAAGUUUAUACUUUGUGUACUUUGUAUUGUGACUUUUUGUACUUAAUUUGCGGAAGAAAGAAGCUGUGAAAGUAACACAUGUACUCUAUUAUCAGUAAAUGUUAUUAAAAACA